AGCAGGCCAUAUAUAACCAAGGGAUGGUCACAAGCCAUAAAUCAGUUGAAAUGAUUCUUCAGCUGUUUGUAUGUCUGAUCGCCCAGCUAAGUCUGAGUUUUGGCCAGGAAAUGGGCUAUCUCCGCAUAAUGAAUGGCACCACGGCUAGGGAUAAGCAGUUCCCUUACCAAGUGGGUCUGCUUUGCUACUUUGAUGACUCAAAGGAUGAACCGAAUCUGUGUGGCGGGACAGUUAUCAGUAAACGUUGGAUUUUAACAGCAGCCCAUUGCUUACAGGAACCGAGCUCUGAACUACGCAAAGUGAUUAUCUACGUGGGAAGUCUGGAAGUGGACGAGAGUAAGCCAUUUGUGGUCAAAAAGAGCGCAACCAUUGUCCAUAAGGGGUUUAACCGAAAAAUUGUAGCCAAUGAUAUUGGCUUGAUAAAGCUGCCAAAGGAUCUAACGUUCAAUGACCGCAUACAGCCGGCUAAUUUCCCCGACCUAAGGAACACCUAUGAGGGAAAGAUGGCCAUUAUUUCCGGCUGGGGUCUGACCAGCAAGCAGCAAGCUAGCAGUGUCCUCCAGUACAUCAGAGCUCCAAUCAUCACCAACGAGGAAUGCGAGAAACAAUGGAACAAGCAGCUCAAAGGGAAAAGAAGGAAGCUCGUACUGGACUCCUUUAUAUGCAUUGAUUCCAGGGCAGGACUCCCGUGUCGCGGCGACUCUGGCGGUCCCCUGGUUCUCGAUGAUGGCUCUAGAACGCUGGUGGGCAUCGUCUCGCACGGUUACGAUGCCAAGUGCCAGGUGAAACUGCCAGAUGUCUUGACGCGUGUGUCUUCGUUUCUAGAUUGGAUUGAAGAGCAGACUGGUGGUGGUUUGGAAUGAAUGGGCUCCUGUGGAAUGGCAUCGAGUGUCAAUAAAAUACGAAUCUCUUUUCAAACG